AUAGCACACACUUAUCGAUACUUGCCUGGCGAUUGGUGCAACUCUGCCAAUCUGGAGUAUUAUCGUUUCUUGCAAUUUGCACGCCAAAUAUAAUAACUUUACUUUCGCUGACCAUGUGCGACGUUGCAACAGUGCAGAAGAUAGCCAAUUGCCUGGGCGUCAAUCCCGGCAAGGUGCACCUCAACGAGGAGCAGGUCGUAACGCGCACGAGUGGCCAAAAGAAGAGCGUGGCCGGAUUCGCCACGAUCCUGGAGAGCCUGGCAAGCGAAUCCAAGUCGGAGACCGCACAGAACAGCAGGGCGUCGCGGGAAGUGGAGGCCCAGGUGUACCAGUGGAUCGAGUUUUCCGUGCUCUACGUGGCGCCCGGCUCCAAGGACAAAUACGUGUCCAAGCAGCUUCUCGCGGACUUUAACAAACUGUUCGCCAGCAAAUCCUACCUGGUGGGCCACUUCAUUACGUUGGCCGACCUGGCGGUCUACUAUGCCAUCUACGAUCUUGUGAAAUCCCUCUCGCCGGUGGACAAGGAGGCCUAUUUGAAUCUCUCCCGCUGGUUCGAUCACCUCCAGAACCGCGCGGAUGUGCACCAGGGCGAACCACUGCUGAAUUUCACCACCAUCUACCUGCACGGCUGGGCCACAGGCACCCACAUCUAAGCCCCGGGAACCUUUGCAUCCAUUCUAUCCAGUCACAAGUGCGACACUUAAGUUAUUUAUUUCUAUUGCAUUUCACAAUGUAGUUUUGUGUGUGAUUAUCAUUUAAUGCCAAUGAGAGAGUUCAGCGUUGGAAUAUGAAGAAUCGUUAUUGUAGCCCA